GUGGAUUCGGUGUAUUGUUUUACCCCACAAUAGACUAGCGGCGGAAUCUGGAGGGGCGCCAAGCGAUUGUCCAUUUGUCCCUCCUUUUCGUCUCCUGGUGGAGGGGCAAAUAUUUAAUCACUGUGGCACGGCUUUCCUCAACAUCCCGAUUGCAAGCUGGUUCUCUUUACUGAUUUGAUUUCGAAAUUGCAUUUGGCGACCGCGAAAAUGUCUACCACCACGACAGGGACCACCACCGGCAUCACGGCCGAGACGAUGCUCCGGUUGUUCCCCGACAUCGACACCAGCUCCGAGGCGCUCUCCGGUCACGAUGAGGAGCAGAUCCGCCUGAUGGACGAGGUCUGCAUCGUCACUGACGAGAACGAUGCGCCUAUCGGCAAGGCGAGCAAGAAGAUCUGCCACCUCAUGUCCAACAUUGACAAGGGCCUCCUUCACCGCGCCUUUUCCGUCUUCCUCUUCAACGACAAGAACGAGCUCCUCCUCCAGCAGCGCGCCUCCGAGAAGAUCACCUUCCCCGACAUGUGGACCAACACCUGCUGCUCGCACCCCCUCAGCGUCCCCAGCGAGACGGGCGCCAACCUCGAGGACGCCAUCGAGGGCGCCAAGCGUGCCGCGCAACGGAAGCUCAACCACGAGCUGGGCAUCAAGGCCGAGCAGGUCCCCGUCGACAAGUUCAAGUUCCUCACCAGGAUCCACUACAAGGCGCCCAGCGACGGCAAGUGGGGAGAGCACGAGAUCGACUACAUCCUCUUCAUCAAGGCCAAUGUCGACCUGGCGCCCAGCCCGAACGAGGUGCAGGCCACACAAUACGUCUCCCCCGAGGUUCUGAGGAAGCAGUUUGAGGACCCCUCGCUCAAGUUUACGCCGUGGUUCAAGUUGAUCUGCAACUCGAUGCUGUUUGAGUGGUGGGAGCAUCUUGAUGAGGGGCUUGAGAAGUACAUGGGCGAGAAGGAAAUCCGCCGCAUGUUGUAAGGUACCUCUGGGACAUAUAGAGGUGUCCGCGCCUACCCAGACUAGUAUAUAGUUUUUGUUGAUAGCUCGUCGCCUGGUGGGCAAUGAUGCCUUUGGGACAUGGGCACGCGCCGAGGAACAUCAAGCUCUGACAGCUGCGCUGGUGCUCCUCAAUACAUGAUACCCUAACAUUCUGCGGCCAGUGGCUGCACGUCCUUGUUCACGGAUGUCGGUCUCUCGGCGUAAAACAGGCUAUGGAAAGUGAGUCGGAAGCUCACGAGAUGUAUCUCGUUCAUGAGUCAAGUGCCCCUUUCCAAGGUGAUCACCCCCGCAAACGUC